UCACUGUUGUGUCACAGGUCAGGUCACUGUGUGUGUUGUUUGCAGCGUUACCAUUAGUUUACUCUCGCUUUGCCAGACCCUCCUCCAAAGUUUGACCAUCUAUUCUGAAAUGGAUACAGACUAUGCAGAAUAAACCUCACAACAGAAAGCAAGUUCCUGCACUUCGGUACCAAGCCCCGCUACAGCGAGGAUGUUCCCCAGCCUGGCCCACAGACCAUGGCAUGUCUUCUGCAGGCUAUCCUUGCAACACAGGGCGUCCCUGUCACAACGGUCCUCGAGGAUCCCCCAGCUGUGCUACGGUUUUAAGAGUGGAGGCACACAUAAGGUGUGGUUCUGCCUCCCAGACUGCCGUGUUGCUUCUCUAGGGCUGGCCAAGGUGCAGUACUACUCUACCUCUGGCAACAGUAAAGAUGGUCCCUCAAAAUCAGCAUCAGGUGAUUCUCCAACAGCAGAAAAGGUCCUGUCUGCUGCUGCAAAAGCCACCCCAGCACCGGAAGAUGUUUCUGGUGCAACACCUCAGGGACUGACUAAAGCUGAGACAAUUCAAGUGAAAGUUCGAGCAGUCCUGAAGAAAAGAGAAUACGGAACCAAGUACACUCAGAACAACUUUAUCACCGCAGUCAGAGCCAUGAAUGAAUUCUGCCUCAAACCAAGUGAUCUGGAGCAGCUUCGCAAGAUCAGAAGACGCAGCCCUCACGACGACACAGAGGCUUUCACGGUCUUUUUGCGGUCAGAUGUGGAGGCCAAAGCACUAGAGGUAUGGGGCAGCCAUGAAGCUCUAGCCCGAGAGAGAAAUCUCAGGAAAGAAGUGGAGAGAGAGUUUCAAGAAAGUAUUUUUAGGAAUCAACAGUUGUUAAAGGAAUACAAAGACUUUUGGGGAAACACUAAGCCUCGAUCAGGCCAGAGGACAACUUUCCUACAAGGGCCGGGGAAGGUGGUCAUGGUCGCUAUUUGCAUCAAUGGGCUGAAUUUCAUCUUCAAGCUGCUGGCUUGGGUCUACACCGGAUCAGCUAGCAUGUUCUCAGAGGCCAUCCACUCUCUGGCCGACACCUGCAACCAGGCUCUGCUCGCCCUGGGAAUCAGCCAAUCUGUCCGCAACCCUGAUGCAGGGCACCCGUAUGGCUUCUCCAACAUGCGCUACAUUGCCUCCCUCAUCAGCGGGGUGGGCAUUUUUAUGAUGGGAGCAGGCCUCUCCUGGUACCAUGGCAUCAUGGGAUUGCUGCACCCACAGCCCAUUGAAUCUUUGUUAUGGGCUUACUGUAUUUUGGCGGGCUCUCUGGUGUCUGAAGGAGCCACAUUACUAGUAGCCAUAAAUGAGAUAAAGAGGAGCGCCCAACUUCAUGGACUGUCUUUUUAUGAAUAUGUAAUGCAGAGUCGAGACCCCAGUACUAAUGUAGUGCUGCUGGAGGAUGCUGCUGCUGUAUUAGGAGUCAUCAUGGCUUCUGGCUGCAUGGGCCUCACCUCACUUACAGGUAACCCCCUCUAUGACAGUAUGGGUUCUAUCUGCGUGGGCACGUUGCUGGGCGCCGUCUCAGCCUUCCUCAUCUACACUAACACAGAGGCUCUGCUGGGUCGCUCCAUACAGGCAGAACGUGUACAGAAGCUCACCGAGUUCCUGGAGAACGACCCCGCAGUAAGGGCCAUCCACGAUGUGAAGGCCACUGAUCUGGGACUGAGCAAAGUGCGAUUCAAGGCUGAAGUUGACUUUGAUGGCCGAGUGGUGACACGGUCUUAUCUGGAAAAACAAGACAUUGACCAAAUCCUCAAUGAAAUUCAGCAGGUGAAGACCCCCGAGGAGCUGGAGAACUUCAUGCUGAAACACGGGGAGAACAUCAUUGACACCCUGGGGGCCGAGGUGGACCGCUUAGAGAAAGAACUCAAGCAACGGAACCCAGAGGUCCGUCAUGUAGACUUGGAGAUACUAUAAUACCUUACGGGUCAUCGUGCUGUAACAAGAAGAGGAAAAGGUGAUCAGCAGGUGACUGUACUGAUCCAAAGAUGAGGUACUGGAUGGAUGCAAAUUUCCAGUGUAAAUAAGUUGUCCAUGAUGACAAAAUGUACCAAAAGAUUGGACCAUCAUCAUCAUCAUCAUCUCAAACUGGUUUUUAAUCAUUCAAGAUGUCACCCUGUACAAUGCGGUAUAUCAACAUGAUCUCCUACUUGGCGUGAAACAUUGUGACUGUGCACAAGUGACCCGCUUUUGCUUUUCAUUCUGCUUUUACUUUAGUCAGUCAGCUGCAGCACAGGACACACCUGCCUGCUAAACAUGUUACUAUGCUUCAGGAGUCCUUUCAUCUGUGUUUCAGAGGAUGGAUGUGUAUCUUUGAAGGUGUUAAUAGUGUAAUACCCCCCCGUUGGCUGUAACAAGGCUGCCACUGCUGAAGGAGUGAGAAUAAAUUUGAAAUAAUUUAUUAAAUUAUGUUGCUUUCCUUUU